GACUCCAUUUUGGCCCCAGAGGUGUUUCUGGGAAGUAGAGCGCCGACCCACACGCCUGGCCGGCCUGCCGGGUCCUGCCUUUUGCGCCCAAAUAUCUAGGUCCGAGUGUUGGCGUCUGCAGUUACUGCUGUCUUCCUCUCCGCAGCCUCCAAACCCUCCGAUCGGGCGGGAGCCUGUGAGCGCUGGGCCGCGCCAUCGGUGGUCACCGCGCCGGGAAGGAGGUGACGGGGGCGGCGCGGGGCGCAGACACUCCCCGCCGAGAGCCGCCUGCCAUGGACUCGGAAUAUUACGGUGGCGACCAGUCAGAUGAUGGUGGCGCUACCCCAGUACAGGAUGAACGGGAUUCAGGGUCAGACGUUGAGGAUGAUGUAAAUGAGCAGCACUCUGGAUCAGACACUGGAAGUGUAGAACGUCAUUCGGAGAAUGAACCUAGUGAUCGAGAAGAUGGCCUCAACAAAAGACAUCCUGCAACAGACUCGGAGAACGAGGAGCCAUCCAACCUCAACGCCAGUGACUCGGAAAGUGAGGAGCUCCAGAGGCAGAAGGACAGCGACUCCGAGUCUGAAGAGCAUGCAGAGCCACCUGCGAGUGAUUCUGAAAACGGGGGCCCCAGUCGCCAUGGGAGCGACUCCGAGAGCGAGGAGACCCGGAAGCUGCCGGCCAGUGACUCUGAAAACGAGCAACUUCUUAAUGGGCACGCAAGUGACUCCGAAAAUGAAGACGUUACAAAGCACGCUGCCAGUGACUCCGAGGGUGACGAGCUCCCAAAGAGUCCCGCCAGUGACUCGGAAACAGAGGACGCGCUAAAACCUCAAGUUAGUGACUCCGAGAGUGAGGAGCCCCCAAGGCACCAGGCCAGCGACUCUGAAAAUGAGGAGCUUCCCAAACCCCGGAUCAGUGAUUCGGAAAGUGAGGAGCUUCCCAAACCCCGGGUCAGUGACUCCGAGAGUGAGGAACCUCAGAGGACUCAGGCCAGUGACUCUGAAAACGAGGAGCUUCCCAAGCCCCGGGUCAGUGACUCCGAGAGUGAGGACCCGCCGAGGCACCAGGCCAGCGACUCGGAAAACGAGGAGCUUCCCAAACCCCGAGUCAGUGAUUCAGAAAGUGAAGACCCCCCGAGGAACCAGGCCAGUGAUUCUGAAAAUGAGGAACUUCCCAAACCCCAAGUCAGUGACUCUGAGAGCGAGGGGCCCCAGAAGGGGCCUGCCAGUGAUUCAGAAACCGAGGAUGCCUCCCGACACAAAGCAAAGCCGGGCUCCGACGAGGACAGUGAUGGGGAGAACAAGGGGGAGGACGCGGAAACACAGAACGCGUCCUCUCUCUCAGACGCGCGUGUGGACCGGAAACGGCUCAGCAGUUCUGACAGCGAGGAGGAGGGACCUAAAAGGCCCAAAAUCGACAGUGAUGAGGAGGAGGAAAAAGAAGGGGAGGAGGAGAAAGUAGCAAAGCGAAAAGCCGCUGUGCUUUCCGACAGUGAAGAUGAGGAGAAAGCAUCAGCAAAGAAGAGUCGAGUUGUCUCUGAUGCAGAUGACUCUGACAGUGAUGUUAUAUCCGACAAGUCAGGAAAAAGAGAGAAGGCAAUAGCCUCUGACAGUGAAGAAGAAGCAGGGAAAGAAGAGCUGUCUGACAAGAAAAAUGAAGAGAAGGACCUGUUUGGGAGUGACAGUGAGUCAGGGAAUGAGGAAGAAAAUCUUAUUGCAGACAUAUUUGGAGAAUCUGGUGAUGAAGAGGAAGAAGAAUUUACAGGUUUUAACCAGGAAGAUUUGGAAGAAGAAAAAAGUGAAACACAGAUAAAAGAAGCAGAAGAUUCAGAUUCUGAUGAUAACAUUAAGAGAGGAAAACACAUGGACUUCCUGUCGGACUUUGAGAUGAUGCUGCAGCGGAAAAAGAGCAUGAGUGGCAAGCGUAGGCGUAACCGCGAUGGGGGCACUUUUAUCAGUGACGCAGACGACGUCGUGAGCGCCAUGAUCGUCAAGAUGAAUGAAGCGGCCGAGGAAGACAGACAGUUGAAUAAUCAAAAAAAGCCAGCACUGAAAAAAUUAACAUUAUUACCUACUGUGGUCAUGCACCUUAAGAAGCAGGACCUUAAAGAAACAUUUAUUGACAGUGGUGUGAUGUCUGCCAUCAAAGAGUGGCUCUCCCCUCUGCCAGACAGGAGUUUGCCAGCACUAAAGAUUCGAGAAGAGCUGUUGAAGAUUCUGCAAGAGCUACCGAGUGUGAGCCAGGAGACCCUGAAGCACAGCGGGAUUGGACGAGCAGUGAUGUAUCUGUACAAGCACCCCAAGGAGUCCCGGUCCAACAAGGACAUGGCGGGGAAGUUAAUCAAUGAAUGGUCUCGGCCUAUAUUUGGUCUUACCUCAAACUACAAAGGAAUGACAAGAGAGGAGAGGGAGCAAAGAGACCUAGAGCAGAUGCCUCAGCGGCGAAGAAUGAGCAGCACUGGUGGUCAGACACCCCGAAGAGAUCUGGAAAAGGUGCUGACAGGAGAGGAAAAGGCUCUUCGCCCUGGAGAUCCUGGAUUCUGUGCCCGCGCGAGGGUCCCCAUGCCCUCAAACAAGGACUACGUGGUCAGGCCCAAGUGGAACGUGGAAAUGGAGUCGUCCAGGUUUCAGGGGACGUCCAAGAAGGGUAUCAGUCGGCUGGAUAAACAGAUGAGAAAGUUCACAGACAUCAGGAAAAAAAGCAGAUCUGCACACGCAGUAAAAAUCAGCAUCGAGGGCAAUAAAAUGCCGUUGUGACUUGGCCUGGGAUGUUUCCCCAUCUCUGCUAAGAAAUGCGCAGUGGACUCUUUGGAGAAAGAUGAUAUUUUAAAAAAAUUUUUUAGUGUAAAUGAUUCAGCUUGUAUGAAAUGUCAUAGGACUCACAUUUCUCUCGGUUGUAUUUAAAACCAUUUGUUGUGCACUUUGUACAGAGGAAUACUAGUCGUACGUGCUUCUAUAAACUUUACACAAUAAAAUUCCAUUCUGGUUUUGGGGGGCUGUGUCUUCAUUGUCUUCAAGGAUACUUUCUCCUUAGGAGUGAAAAUUGGUUAUUGGUGAGUGGGAAAAAAAAAUCUUAGAUACUACAGUGAUUUGUGACCCUGCAGAGGUCAGUCUACCCAACUGCGGUACAGCAAGGAGUUUGCUUGGUUCCUGACAGUGAGCUUCCAAAACCCUGGGGAUUUCCUGGGUGACAGGAGUGUCUUUGUGAUGCUAGUGAGGUGAGUCUCGGUAGACCCUAGAAGCUGUAGGAUGGGGGCUGGUCGCCAGAAAGACCUACCACACGAUCAGAGGCUGCCGCUCGAUGACAGGGUGAUGCUCAUGCUCAGAUGACUUCGCUGCAUCCCGGAUGACGUAGCCGGCAGCGCCCAAGGAGUGAAACCCCAGUUCAAAACUCUGGACACAGCUCAGUGGAGCUUCCUGCUGGGUGAACACACUGAUGUGCUGAAACGAUGAUGUGCCUUGACUCCACAAAGAAAAGGUGUGGAAGCCCUGUGUUUCCUCCCAGACUCCAACCCUGUGCAUGUCUGCAUUUGGCUGAUCCUCCUCAUUUGAGUCCUUUAUAAUAAAACUAGUUACAAAU